AUGGAUAAAUUGCUGAGAAGUGAUGCUCUGAAAGACCAUUUAAAGGCAAAAGGUUGUGCGCCACCUCGACUAUGCAAAAAGAAACAAGCCGAGAAGAAUGCAGUACAAGGAGCUGGAACAAAUCACCGUAGCACGAUGCCCUCCAAUGCAGAACCGCAUAAUCCAGAUGGAGGAGUCCACUGGAGUGAAGUAAUGGGGAGUGAGACAAAGAUAUUUAUAGAUAUGGAGUUCGUAACUGGAGGGGAGCUCUUUGACAAAAUAGUAAACAAUGGAAGGAUGAGAGAAGAUGAAGCACGGAGAUAUUUCCAACAGCUUAUUAACGCAGUUGAUUACUGCCAUAGCAGAGGUGUCUAUCAUAGAGAUCUGAAGCCAGAAAAUUUGCUAUUGGAUGCAUGUGGGAACCUUAAAGUUUCUGAUUUCGGAUUGAGUGCACUAUCCCAACAAGAUGAUGGGUUAAUUCACACUACCUGUGGAACUCCAAAUUAUGUUGCUCCUGAGGUCCUUAAAGGUGGAGGCUAUGAUGGGGCAACUGCGGACUUGUGGUCAUGUGGAGUGAUACUCUUUGUAUUGCUUGCAGGUUACUUGCCUUUUGAUGAUUCGAAUCUUAUGAUCCUGUAG